UUAACUACACUUACAAUUGAGAUGGUCAAAUCGUUGUGUUGUCUGCGUUUGAUCGCGCUAAUGCUUUGGUGGUUUUCCUGUCCGCAAAUUAUAACUGCCGUUUCAAUGCAAACGUGUACUAUCCGGAUGAGAAUGACAAAUAACAUGAUUUCCAGUAUUAACGAAGAUGAACAGUGUGCUUGGUUUCAAAAAGUAUUCGAACAAUUGAACCAGCAUAGAUUUUUACACGACCAAUUUGAAAGACUCCUGUUUCCAAGAAAAUUCGUAGAACACAAUUACCUCGAAAACACAUUCGUAGUAUGCAAUUUCAACGAAAACACUGCACGCGACUAUCUAAGCGAUAGAUCCAAAUAUUUUUGUAAAGAAAAUAUCGACAGGUCACUUUUUGAAGUAGAAAUUUCCAAAUUGAUUUGUACUAAUACAGAUGUGCGGCUGAUAGACCACCUGGACGUAAGUCCGCCAAACGUGCUAUACGAUUACGAAUUCGAAAGACAGAGAAGAAGACAAUUGCUGAUACCGAUUUUUCGUCGGCUGUUGUAUCUGUCCAAAGCCACCGUAUACAUGUGCACCGAUCAAUUCGACAUCAAGUGCAGAUUAUUGGCUUUUAUACAUCGGAUUAACGACGACGAUAUUAGCUAUCAAACUGUGCAUUGCCGAGGUGAGAACAACUACUGUAUGAUCGAAUCGUCGUACCAUAGUCAUCCGGGGUUGAAGAAGACACACACGUUUUGCGAUAAUCUUAUCAGCGACCCGACCGCAGCCAGUUUGCCAAUACUUAAAUUGAACGCCGACGGUCGGUUCGAACUGUGGGAAGACUAUGAACGGUGGAUUUUUGGACAAUGAUAAACCGACAAGGUUAUUUUUUUAUUCCAACAGUCGUUGACGUUAUAAACAAUAAAAUGAAACGUUAAAAAAUAAACAAAUCAAUGAAAAUUAAAUACAUUAUUAUUCGUUUGUACAAACCAAUCAGAGUUCAUUCGCUGCGCAUACAUGCUAAAGUUAGAAAUAUUAUGAAUUGGCAAAAUAUGUUAUCCUUGUCCCACGAAGAUUUAACAAAUGAAUAUAAACUAGGUAUUGUUCUCUAGUGAAUAUUGUAAAGAUUUGCUUUUUUUAAAAAUAAUUUAUAUAAAUUUGGACCAUAAACACCACGUUUUUUAUUGCAAAUAUUCGCUAGAACAAAAGUUUUAUUCAUUUGUCAAGUCUUUGUGGGCCACCUGUAUAAGUACUAUAAUAGCUUUAGUAUGGUUUUCUUGAUAGUGUUGAUAGUCGGUCCAAGGGUUUUUUUUUUUUGACAUCAAGUACCGUACUUG